UCCGCCGCGCUGCCUGCAAAAACAACAACUCGCCAACCUGCCUGGCUUGGCUCCUUCGUUCCUUUUCGUGGAAGUCCUCCGUUGGAUGUCCUCUGGCCGAGCCGCACGGUCUUGCUUGGUCGGCGGGCGGACAGGCGGGCGCCACAGGGAAGGACAAUGGACCAGUGCGUGACGGUGGAGCGCGAGCUGGAGAAGGUGCUUCAGAAGUUCUCGGGCUACGGGCAGCUGUGCGAGCGGAGUCUGGAGGAGCUGAUCCAGUACGUGGCGGGACUGCGCCGCGAGAUCCUCCAGAGCGAGAAUCCAGAUGAAGAUCUAUCAGGUACAAUAUCACUUGUUAUGACCCAAUGUUGUAAACGAAUAAAGGACACAGUUCAGAAAUUGGCUUCGGAUCAUAAGGACAUCCACAGUAGUGUUUCUCGUGUUGGGAAAGCAAUUGACAAGAAUUUUGACUCUGACAUUAGCAGUGUCGGAAUAGAUGGAUGUUGGCAGGCUGAUAGCCAGCGGAUUCUGAACGAAGUUAUGGUUGAACACUUUUUCCGGCAAGGAAUGUUAGACGUAGCUGAGGAGCUUUGUCAGGAGUCUGGACUUUCUAUAGACCAAAGUCAAAAGCAACCAUUUGUGGAGCUCAACCGAAUAUUGGAAGCACUUAAAGUUAGAGUUCUGAGACCUGCAUUAGAGUGGGCUGUUUCGAACAGAGAAAUGCUUAUGACACAGAAUAGUUCCCUAGAAUUUAAGCUGCAUAGAUUAUAUUUUAUUAGUUUAUUAAUGGGUGGAACUGCAAACCAGAGAGAAGCAUUGCAGUAUGCAAAAAACUUUCAACCAUUUGCUCUCAAUCAUCAGAAAGAUAUUCAAAUUUUGAUGGGAAGCCUGGUAUACCUGAGGCAAGGAAUUGAAAAUUCUCCAUAUGUCCAUUUACUAGAUGCAAAUCAGUGGGCAGACAUCUGUGAUAUCUUUACGAGGGAUGCUUGUGCAUUAUUGGGACUCUCAGUUGAAUCACCUCUUAGUGUUAGCUUUUCAGCAGGUUGUGUAGCAUUGCCAGCUCUAAUUAAUAUAAAAGCUGUGAUAGAACAAAGACAGUGCACUGGUGUUUGGAAUCAGAAAGAUGAAUUACCAAUUGAAGUGGACCUUGGCAAAAAGUGCUGGUAUCAUUCAAUAUUUGCUUGCCCCAUCCUUCGUCAGCAAACAACAGAUAAUAACCCACCUAUGAAGCUGGUUUGUGGUCAUAUUAUAUCAAGAGAUGCUCUAAAUAAAAUGUUUAAUGGCAGCAAAUUAAAAUGUCCUUAUUGUCCUAUGGAGCAGAGUCCUGGAGAUGCCAAACAGAUAUUCUUCUGAGGACACAUAUUAUUAUAUAUGUGUGUGAUCUGGAACACUAGAGCAGGCAAAUGUUCCAUUUUAUGCUGUACAUAUGAAGGAGAAGUCCUGUGUUUUGUAUAAGUCUGAUGCUCCAGAAAGUUUUGCCAACAUUUGUUGCAGACAUACAGUUUGGAAAAGCUCCAGAAGUAAUAUCUGUUAUAGGGCUUUUACUUAAUCUUGGUCACCAUAUCUGAUCAAGAUACUACACCAGCAGAUGUCAUUCAAUGCAGAUUUUUGUACUUAAUUAUAUGGUGAUCUUGCUUUAUAAAGUAGACACCAAUCACUAUAUAAUUCUAAUAUUUGUCCUGCUUUUAUCAUUCUGAUUGAUUAUUGUCACCAUAAAGAAUGUGAAGGAAAAUUUUUUUAUUUCCUUAGCAUGUAAAUAAUGAAGAGAGAACUUCAGGAAAAAAAAAAUUUAAAAAUUGAAUAGUGGAUACACUUGUAUUUCUGUUAUUAUUUUCCCAACUCAGAACUCUGACAUUUUUAGAGUUUUUUUCCUUGGAACAUUUUUUCCAGCUUUUUAAUUCCAUCUGAAUUCCACCUUAAUGUGCUUAUAUAUGAAUUACAUAAAUUUACAUAAACUUAUAACAAAUUUCCAAUCAUUUCUGAUUUAGAAAAAUAGCAAUUGAAUAAGGUUUCCUAACACUUGUGAAUUCGUUUCAGUUGAUUUCAUGACCGAGAGCUCUUUGGGUAGCUGAGAGUAUCAGUACAGUUGGAGCUCUAGAGUAGAAAGAUUUUGCCAGCGAAUACUUGUUCUUCAGGUUUUUUAGUUAUAAUUUAAGGUUUGUAUUCAAGAUCAGUGUCAUGUUGCUGUACAGUUUACUAGACAUGAUAGUUACAUUGUUUAUAAAGUUAUCAGAACCAAAUACACUGUUGCUAAUGUUCAUUGUUAUGAAGGGGAAUAGAAUAUGUUUCACUAGUCUUUACAUCCCAGGAUUGGACCUCCAUCUCAAUAGAAACAAAUAUGUCUUCUGCUGUCAAGAGCAUUGUGCCAGUGACCAUGUCCCCAUUAAUAUCAUGACAAUAUCAGUUUGUUCUUAAAUUUAUUAUAUUGGUGACGAAGCAGAUAUCUAGAUUAGAGACUUGAAACCAGAUCUGACCACCAUUCUCCCUUCCUGGAGAAUCUUGAGUAUCAUAGUCAGGAAGAAGAAGCAUUAGCGGACUCUAAUAUCCAAAGUGUUGCCAAUUUGCAGUGGCCUGGAUUCUCUGGGAAAAGCUAGGAUAGUUAAAGGAUUAUGCAUUUGUACUAUAAAUAAUAUCCAAAGUGAAUAUAUACUUAUAAAUUUGAUGCGCGUUAUAGCAAAUGUCAUGUGUGCAUUCAUUGCACUGUCCUACAAUAAAGCAGAGUAGCUACUUGAUAUUUAUUGCUAUCAAGAUUCCACCUUUGUAUGGCUGGAUACUGAAAUAAUUAAAUACACUUGCCCAGCACAUUACACAGAAAAAUGUUCAUAAAGGUUUUAUAUGUUCUGAGAAUUGGUCAGUGUCCCUAAGAAUACACCAAUGCAAUCUGAUACUACUGUUUAAAUAGGAAAAAAAAGGUAAAACAGUACAUCUGUAUUCUCUACUUACAGAAUGAGUUACUUCCAUACUGUGCUUCUAAAGGAAUUUAAUAAAGCUAAUGAGAAAUAAGUAAAAAUAUUUUUUGUGCAGGUUCAGAUCUCAGUGAAGUUGCUUUUAUUGUAAUAAGGGAACUGCACAUAUGUGAGUCAAAUAUGUCCUUGUACUCAGAGUGAUGUAAGAAAAUGUUGAAAAUGUAGCAGUGUAAUACACAGCUGUAUCCAAGGGGAACAUUUAUAAUGUAAAAAUAUUUGCAGACAUAUAAAUAAUUGCAUGUAUAUGGGCCAUCAAUCUCAAUGGGAAUUGGGUUGUGUGUAAAUGCUUGGGCUCACAAACAGAAAAUUCUGUUUUCUUUUUUAAUGCAAGAGACUUUGCUAGUUUGCCUAUCUUAUACCUAAGGAUUGACAUCUUCAUACCAAAAUAUAAGGACUGAUGUCAUUUUAGUGGACUCCCAAGUGAGAGUGGGGUUUAUUCUUCCUCAGAUCACUGGGGAAUAUAUUAGUUCCUAGUCAUUUCAUUCUGGGAGGGGAGUUCAUGGAUGGCUGCACUGUUUUUAAAUCCAGAGAUUGGAGUAGUACACCAUCAGUUGUAUGAUGGAGUGGCAUAGUAAAUAUGAGCGAUGAUGUUCUACACUUGUUUAGAAUUCAUGCAUAUAUGUGCAUUAUUUUUUAGCCUUUUCAUUACUCUUAUGGUUUGGAAAUGCUUUGCUUUUGUUUUUCUUGAAAAUGGUUCAGUAUAAACAGAUCUAGUAAUGGUGAAAAAAGCAGAAUUUAUGUGCACAACAAAAAGCCCAACUACUUUUGAGAGAGAGAAUUUGUUUAAAUUAUGUUUUAAUAGAUUUUAAAUCUUGUAAGGCACUUUGUCCAAAUUUAAAAUUGUCCUACUUCCAGGUGUACAUUUAUUUGUCGGUAACUUCUUUCUAUAGUCUCAAGAAUAGGAGCCAUGACCCAUAGUUCAUUUUAGCAAACAUUUCCCCAUUACUUUGAUACAAAGCAAAGCCAUCUUGCCCUUGAGACCCUCACUGUUGCUGACUGAUAUGCGAGGAAACCAGUGUAGAGAUAGGCUCUCUUGAGAGUGACAAUGCAAAUAAUGCAUAUGGACAUGUUUGAUGUUUAUAACAUGUUCAAGUGAGUUGUGUGCUAGAUCAUUGUUUCUCAACCUCAGCAACUUUUAAGGUGUAUGGACUUCAGCUUCCAGGAUUCUCCAUCCAGCAUGCUGUUUAGGGAAUUC